AUGAUGACAAACAUAAACAGGAAUCAGAUGACUGAGAGGAUCCUGGAUCUGACCGUGGAGGUCAACUACCUGCUCACUGGAGAGGUGAGGGAUUCUGGGAAUGUCAUUUUUACUUUUAUUUAAAAAAAUUUAUAAUGAAACUGUAGUUCACUCAUUGCCCUGAGGUGUCGGUAAGGUGAAUCCCCUCAGGUCCUUUGCUAUUACCACCAUUGUGGACGGAGAGGUCUGUAAGUGAUGACUCUUUACCUUCAUGGUAAAAAAAAAAAAAGAACAAGAAAAACAGCCAAUGACGAGCAAGACUUUUUUUCUUUUUGUUACUGUCCCUUUAAAUGCAGUUCCUGGUUUUCACCUCUAGUGGCCUCCCUAGCCACUAGUCACAUCAUACUCACCUGUAUCCUAUGUUAAGUCCUGCUAUAAAUGGCUACACCCAACAAAGCAAGAGGUGUUACAUUGAAGUUGGUGUUCAUACCAAGAACUUCACAUCCUGACUCCUGUACCUUCAUUACAUCCUACUAGAAUUUCUACAAUCCUUUCUCCUUCCUUAUUUGGAUUACUAUCAACUCUCCUGUACGUACCUGCAUUGCAUCCUACCUAAAGGUACUUACCUGCAUUGCAUCCUACUAGAAUUGCUACAAACAUUACUCCUUCAUAAAUUGGAUUACUCAACUCUCCUGUACUUGCUUGAAUUACUUCAAACCUGCACCAUAACUACUUGAUCUGCUAUUGAUUUAACCUGCCCACCUGAUUCAUUCAAUCCUGCACCAUAACUGCUUGAUCUGCUAUUGAUUUAACCUGCCCACCUGAUUCAUUCAAUCCUGCACCAUAACUACUUGAUCUGCUAUUGAUUUAACCUGCCUACCUGAUUCAUUCAAUCCUGCACCAUAACUACUUGAUCUGCUACUGAAUUAUCCUGCCUACCUGAUUCAUUCAAUCCUGCACCAUAACUACUUGAUCUGCUAUUGAUUUAACCUGCCCACCUGAUUCAUUCAAUCCUGCACCAUAACUACUUGAUCUGCUAUUGAUUUAACCUGCCCACCUGAUUCAUUCAAUCCUGCACCAUAACUGCUUGAUCUGCUAUUGAUUUAACCUGCCCACCUGAUUCAUUCAAUCCUGCACCAUAACUACUUGAUCUGCUAUUGAUUUAACCUGCCCACCUGAUUCAUUCAAUCCUGCACCAUAACUACUUGAUCUGCUAUUGAUUUAACCUGCCUACCUGAUUCAUUCAAUCCUGCACCAUAACUACUUGAUCUGCUAUUGAUUUAACCUGCCUACCUGAUUCAUUCAAUCCUGCACCAUAACUACUUGAUCUGCUACUGAAUUAUCCUAACUACCUUGAUAAAUACAACCUGCAAAACCAACUAUCUGGACAUUGCUGAAAUCUGAUAUCUAAGGUGUUCCUUUCAUUCCUGAUUCUUUAAAAGUUACUAAUACCUGUUGUAGCGGAUCGGCAAUAUUAAAUCCCACGAAUUCCGCUGGUACAUACAGUAAUCCACAGUCAGCGCUGAAAAGCAAGGCAAUAUCCCAAAUCCCCCAGUAACCGGACGAAACACAGUUCUGGGAGUCAACUGAGGUCUUUAUUCACAUGCUCCAGUAUUUAUACAAUUCCCCAUGCAAGAGGUUUCCUGAGUCACAUCACAGGGGUAUUACAGGAGUGGACUACAUGGGAAACUUAAUGUACAGGGCAUUUCUCCCAUCAGGCACUGUUGCACGAGAGGGAUUCUCCCACUGGAAUUUACCGUUAAGUGGGUGAACCUCUCCUAAAUCCAGAGAGCGUAGCAGGAACAAAUCAAGCUAUUGCAAGAGUUUGCUCUGGGGAGUAAGUGAUUAUAGCAAUCCCCAGAGUGUAGUUUUCCAAUCCCCCAAACAUGACCCAAGGCUUAAUGCUGGAACAAGACUUUACUGGAAGUAACAACAACAGGUAUUCAAGCUACAGUUUCUUUUAUGCCCUGCUCCCAUGCAGGGGAGGGACACACACGUUAUCUACAGUAGCCAAUAAAACAGAGGUUACAGCCCACACAAAAUCCUCCCCUCUGCCUGUGAUUCAAUUAUCUUAUACAAUAGAAGAUGCAAUUAUCACAAGCAGGAAAAAUACAGUUUUUACAGUAUAUUCAUCAAAAUUAUAUAUUCACAAUCAAUCCAUUCAGGGUAACAACAUAUCAAAAAAUGUCAUGAAUCAGACCAGGGGUUCAGAAGUUAGUAAAGUAUCUUUUGGGGCCUGGCUGGCAGCAUGGAUAUCUGGCCCAAACCGGUUUUACAGAGCCCUCUAGCCUGGAGACAAUGUGGAAAAUAAUCCAAUUAUCCAGGGAUAGAGGCAGACUCCAUUGAGCACAUAUUCCCAGUAAAACACAAAAGGAUACAAAAAUACAUAACUCCUAUCGUACUGAAUUGAACAGGCCAAAUCUCCCAGGGUCCAUAGUCACAGGGCAAGAGGCGGGCAAGCAGUCAUCUCCAGGCACAAGUGGCGAAGGGCACUUCGUCACAGUAAUAAAUCCAUGAAUAAAGUAGCAGGGAGGGAAAGUAUCGAAUGAAUGGAGGGGGAUUCUUCACACACAUAAAAAUCUAUAACUGUGCAGCCAUUGCACAAAACAGGUACAUUCAACAUAUCCCCAGAUAGCUCAGCUCAGAUCUGAGCGCACAUUAUUACUGACUGGCGCUCAGAGCACACACAUACAGUUCAAUUGCCAUGGAGCCAAAGUCUUUCCCAUAGUCUUUCAUUAUACGAGUGGGCUCCAUGGCAUAGCUAUCUGGGCUAUCACCGCUCAAACAGGACAAGCACCGAAUGACCCGGCUUUCGUAUCUUCGCAGGGGAAAAUCAAGUGUUUCAACAUGGGGCCAUAGUCUAAAGGCAGCAGGCGGGCAACCAGGCUUCUCCAGUGCAUAGUAGCAAGGUUAGUUCCGCCACAGGAUGCUUUAGAUCUCCUUUUUAUAUUGUGGCUUAUAAAACCCCUGUCCCAUAAAGAGUUAAGCCUUUCCCCCCAUGGAAACAUCAGGACAUGGCGACUCACCAGUUGCGAUCUUCAUGCGGAUACUUUGCAAGAGAAGACUAAAGUAAACCACGCCCGGUGUACAUGUACAAAAAAAAAUUAUACGAACAUAGGUCUUUAGAUGGUAGUAUACAAUUGACCUAAAAAAAUAAAAAGACAAAAUAAUAGUGCAGCAGAGUAUGUAAAGUGCAUAUGUAGUAAAUAAACUCUGACUCUCACUCACAUUCUUUUGAGCUAUCAUAGAGCUCUGCUGUUUUGCUCAUGGACGCAAUAAUCCCCAUCUAAGGAUAUGUGGUGAUGUAAUCUCAGUUGCUCCAAAUAAAGUACAAUAUACAGGAUAUAUGCGGAGAUAAAUACCGGAAAAGAAGAAAAACUCCAAUGGUGAAGUAAGAACUGGUGUACAAUAGAUGUGUAAAAUAAGGUAAAGUACUCACAUCUGCUAGAGCAGAACUUGCUCUAGUGUAAACAGCAAGGGUGGUAUAAUCCCCACCGCAGGAUAUGAUGGCACCAGGAGAUAGCAAGCAAAUAUGAAGGUAUCUCUCUCUCAUAUAUAUGGGUUUCGCCUAUCAAAGGCUUCUUCAGAAGUGUAGUUAUGUCCUUGUAAAGUUCUGUUUAUAUAAGUUGAUCUUGAUUGAAGAUGACUUCCUGGGGAGGGUAAUUGUUGACCCAGAGAUGUCUGUGAGAAACCAACCUCGCCACUGUACACUGGAGAAGCCCGGUUGCUCGCCUGCUCCCUUUAGACUAUGGCCCUGCAGUUCAGACCUGUUAUUUUCCCUGCUGAAAGGUUUAUUCAUGCCUUUCUGCCAAGGUGUUCGGUAGAUUCCAUCUACCGAACAAACUACCGAACGAUGGACCACCUGGGAACUGGAGUGUGCGGUCAGUUGACCGCCCAGAAGCUGCGGUUAACCGCAGCUUAAUUGAUGAACGCUGGGAGGCCUUUGUUCGGUUGCCGAACGCGUGGCAGCGGCCAUUUUACAUCCCGAACGGCCGGCGUUGUUCAGCGCCUAAACUAUGGAACUGAAAACAGACUCUUAAUUGCGCAAACACCGCUGAGCCGCCAGCCUCCUUCCCAUUUGAGAGCGGAACCGAAUGACUGUUUGUUUGGUAGUUUAACCGGAUGAACAGCAUCACCCAGAUAGCUAAGCCAUGGAGCCUGUUCAUGUAACGAAAAGACUAUGUGAAGGACUUUGGCUCCAUGGCGAUUGAACUGUAUGUAUGUAAUUCGGUAAUAAUGUGCGCUCAGAUCUGAGCUAUCUGGGGAUAUGUAGAACGUAUAUGUUUUAUGUACUGAAUGUAACUGUAGGUCAUUUUAUGUCUUUUACUGUUUGUUUUCUGCCGUGUGGUUAAUGGAGUUUUGCAAAACGGUCCGUUACAAUGUCCUUUUCCCAUAGUGUGUGGGUAGCGCUGCAGUAUUCUUAAGCCGAUUUCUAAGCAGACAAUAGAUCCAUUAUAGAUGUACAGUUCUUUUAAGAGCUAGUGGUUAAAGCAAGUAUAGCUAUUCCCUACAAUCACGAGAUGAGGCUGCGUGUUGAGGGUGAAGUAAACUGACUUUAAUGGCACCACACUUGGCCUUUUAUGACAAUCUCCGUGCAAGGGGUACUCCCACCUGGGCCUGAUGGAAGACUGUAUUAUAUCCCCUGAUAACCCUGAUCUCGGUGAGCAAUAUAUCCAAAUAUCACCCAGAUCGGUUCAGGAUUUUCAUGGAAGUCUUAUUUCUGACCGACUGGUCUCUUUCGGGAGCAUUUUUUCACACAAAAAAAGACCAAAAGUAGCAGUUCGUGGGAAAACUAGUCGUGUGCCCCUCAUUCGGGAGUUUGGAUUCACCAAACGCCGCUUUCUUCAGAUGUCUAGGAAUGAACAUUGGUUGAGAGUAGAAAUCGUCGUCCGAUAAUAGUUCCAAACACUUGAUGACCAAACACCGGUGGAAGCGUUUACAAAAACAAUAUUCACCGCCUCGUGUUCGUCUAUACGAACGGCGGGUACCCAGCCGACCACUUAUGUUCAAGUGUUUGCGGUUUGUGCAGUUGUUAGUGAGGUCAAGUGGGUCAUCUAGUGGCACACAUGUUCUGGUUGGUCCAUGUGUUCGGUACUUAGUUCGGUAUACGAACGAAAUGGGCAACCUGUUCAGUUAGAUUCAUAUACCGAUCUAUUCAAAGCAAAAUUCUCAUCCAGGAACAGGGGAUCUAUUACAGAGCCAUUUUGAGUACAGUUCCAAAAUUUCGACCAUGUGAACUAGGAUAUUGUUUUGCUAGCAUAAUAUCUUCAUCCGACCAAGGGAGGAAGAGAAGAAAUGUCACUACUUGGGUUUGGUCCGUUGACUAUCUGUUUGAGUACUACCUCCUCCAUCCAGAAAUCCUUCCACUUAUUUAUUAUUCCUUCAGGGAAUAAAAUAGGCCAAAAAGCCUGAUCUUCUACCAUAUGCCCGUAGAUUGUUUGUUUGUUUCUGGUCAUCAAGAAACACCUUUGUUAACAUCUGGAUGUGGUCAGAUCAUCCAAUUCCUCUUUUGGCAGAGACAUUUCAUCUGCAGGUCUUAAUUGUUUUUCUAAUGUGUUGUUUGCAUUUCAUUUAUUAUAUUGUCCCUUUUUUUUUUUUCAUAGUUCUCCCUUAUAUCUUAUCUUGUGUAUUAUCCAUGUAUUGUUGCCAUGGAUAAAUCCGGGAAAAUGGAUAAUUAAAUCCUACUUACUUUUAUUUUAAGGAAUAGGCUGUGGAAGGAUUACACUCCCAUUCUUUCUUUUAUUUAAUUUAUGUCCUGUAGGUUUAGGAGAAGUUCCUUUUAAUUUUUAAUUAGGAAGUACUUCUGUCCAAUAUAUCAGUGGGAGGAGCUAUACCCAUCUGUAAUACUGCUGUAGCGGAGCUGCAAUAUUAAAUCCCAAGAUCUCCGCUGGUAUAGAAAGUAAUCCAAAGUAAAGCGUUGGAAAAGAAGGCAAUAUCCCAAAUCCCCCAGUAACCGGACGAAACACAGUUCUGGGAGUCAACUGACAAUUUUAUUCACAGCUCCGGUAUUUAUGUGAUUCUCCGUGCAAGGGGUUUCCUUAGUCACUUUACAGGGGUAUUACAGUAGAGGAUUACAUGGGGAACUGAAUAUACAAAGCAUUUCUCCCACCAUGCACUGCUGUACGUGAGGGAUACUCCCACUAGAAUAUCCUGUUAAGUGGAUUAUCCCUCCGUACAGCAAAACCGGGUUGUAACACAAAAUGCUAUAACUUUAAUGUUAUUCGUGUGAUUCCCUUAAAUGACUGUUCGGUAGAUAGCUGGGGUCUGAGCGCACACUUCGUGAAAGUACCGCUCAGAUCCCAGCAUAAAUAACCGAACUCCGCACAAAACACUCUUUUAUAUCACAUUCUCAUAAAAGUACCGAAUACCUAUUGAGAACAAAAUACCGAAAGACCGGGGUUCCCGAACGGCCUGGAAGUCCAGUGGUGUUCGCGCCGUCGUAUAGCCGAUUUUAGUUCCAGGCCCUCGACGACCAAACACUGCUGGGCUAACAAAGAAUCCAAGAUGGCCGACCGCCACGUGGUCGGCAGCCGAACGACGGCCACCUAGGAAAGCACUUAACUACCGAAUGCAACAAUGUUGCAAUCGGUUAAUGGGAGCCACACGACCCUCUGUGUGUUUGCUCCCAUUCGGUACUUUAUUUGUUUCACGAACAGUGUCUAAAGUCACUGUUCGUGAAACUGCCAUAUGAAUGCUAGCUGCUUUCAACCGUUAGCAAACGAAUACUCUUUAUUGCAAACACACACGAAUACAUCCUUCUAUACAAUAAAAGCAGACAACCUUCUGAUGUUAUACAGUAAGUCUUAAAGUGGCUAGGUUUGCCACAACUGCCAUUAACUAUAUGUGGGGAAAAUAAAAUAAAGGUACCUAUGAUUCAAUUUUCUGUUUGACUUGGUUCAUGCAAAAGUUGAAAUAAAUUUAAGGUGACAUUGUAACUUUUCUGAGCAAAUUUAGGGAAUUGUGUGAGCAAUGGGCAGGGAAAUAUUGAAUGUUAAAAAAAGAUAAUUCUUAGUUGUAGUGUGUCUUUCUCUAACUCCAUCGAUUAACAUUCAUUAUGUAGAAUUACAUUGUUGUGAAGAGGCCUGCUGAAUCCAUGCUACAGUGCAGCAGCCCCUGUGUGUCCGAUGGAUGGAACAGGACCCUGAAACCCAGCACAUUGCCUCCACUUCACUCCCUGAUACAUGAGAGAAACAAUGACCAGAAGGUCCUGAAACUGACCAAUCAGAUCAUCCACCUGCUGACUGGAGAGGUGAGGCUGCUGGGAAUGGGACAUCAUAGAGUAAAACCAAGGGAUGUGACUGUAUCAUUGUGUGUGCCGGGUUCCUGUUAGGUGUGAGGAUGUCACUGUUUAUUUUCCUUGUAGGUGUGGAAGUAUUUAGAAGAACACAAGGAACCUUACAAUGACUUAAUGAUUGACACUCACCAGCCUCUCAGCUCACUGGGUAAGAGGAAGCACUUUUUAUAUACAUAGCUUGUGUUAUAACUAUUGAAUUCCUAGCUCCAAAUGUCCAGUAUGAGGUCAGUAUAGUAAUCAAACCCCAGUAUAGUGUGAGAUCAAUUUAGAGUGUCAGUUUGUUGUAAUUUUGUAUUAUUGAUUUUAAAUCAGAGCCCGAUUGCAUGUAUGUGACGUUACCUCCGUUCUCCAAAGGAGUAUCUCCACCAGGUCAGUUUCCUAGCUGGAAAACAUUCAAAAUGUUCCAAUUUAUAUAGAUAUUUUACCAGGAAGGAUACUUUGAGAUUUUUAUCAUUUUCAAUAUGUCCUGGGUUCACAAAACAUUGCGUUGAUGCAAUAUUAAUACACAAUAUAUACAACAUUUAACAUAGAACAGAUAAAAAAUAUGUAAUCAACCGUGACAGGUGCAUUCUGUUUUGAGAUGUGUAAAGAGGGAUUUCUUUAAGGAUUUUAAGCUUGGGGAAGAUUUGAAAGUGUGCGGGAGGUCGUUCCAUGACUGCGGUGCUCUGUAGGAAAGGAGGAAUGAGCUGCUUUCUUUUUGUAUUGAGGUAGACUAAAUAAAGUGCUGGUACUGGAUUGGAGGUUAUAGGAGGUGUGAACAAUUGGGGAGAGAAUUCUGCUCAGGUAGAGUGGGUGCUUCCCAGAAAAGCUCUUAAACACAAGGCUGGAAAGAUGAAUGGUGCGUCUGGGUUCCAGCGACAGCCAGUUUAGUUCUUUUAGCAUGUCACAAUGGUGGGUCAUGUAAUUACAUUGUAGCACAAAGCAGCAGAAUGAGUUACGCUAUAGUCACCAAAAUGACUAUAGCUUAAUGAAGCUAUUUUGGGGAAUAUAUCAUGCACCUACAGUCUCACUGCUCAAUUCUCUGCAGUUUAGGAGAUCACUUUAUUUAUGCACCAUAGUCACACCUCCCUGCAUGUGACUUGCACAGCCUUCCUAAACACUUCCUGUAAAGAGUCAUCUAAUGUUUAAAUUUCCAUUAUUUUUUACAUCCGGGCUGUGUGAGUCACAGCUUGGGGGGGGGGGGGUGUAGCUAUGGCUGCAUAGACAGAAACAAAAGUGAUUUAACUUCUAAAUGGCAGUGAAACUUCAGAGGCAUGAUACAUACACUAAAGCUGUUUUGGUGACACUAAUGUUCCUUUAAGUUUAUUAAGGUGAGUUUGCGGUGCAGGUGCAUAUACUAUAUCCCCAUAAUCCAUGAUUGGCAUCAGCAUUUGCCGUACAAUCUUUUCCUUUACUGUAGGGCUUAGGCAGGAUUUGUUUCUGUUCAGGGCCCCGUGUGUGUGUGUGUGUAUAUAUAUAUAUAUAUAUAUAUUUUAUAUAUAUAUAUAUAUAUAUAUAUAUAUAUAUAUGGUGAAACAAAACAGAGGAAGAGUCUGCGCUAGUUCAAUUGAGCAGCAACCCAAAAAGGGAGAUCCCUCACGGAACCCUUAUGUAGGAAAUGCGAAAAAGGAGGGGGUCAAGGGCUGCGCUUAGGUAAAACAGAUAUGUUGAAAUAUAUAAGAUCGUGUGUACGUAAAAUAAACAGCGAUAAUAAAAUCAAAUAAAGUUCAUCCGGAUUUUCUUAAAAAUAUAGAAUAAAAACAGUCUCACUGAUAUGUAGUACCACGAUAUUAAUCCUCAAGUAUGGCUCCGUCCGUGUGGUAGAUAGUCCAUAUAUGUGAAGAUAAAAAACAAGAAAGAAAGCUGCCUAUGGUGAAAUAUUGUUGGUCCUGAUGUAGUAUAUAAUCAAAGGAAAUAUGUUUCACUCACAUUUGGUGGAGCUUAUUGCCAGCUCUGGGAGAAGAGGCACUUAGUGGUUUGAUCCCCACUAACGGAUAUACUUAGAUGGUCCGUCUGUCCAGCUUGGGAUUCCUGUGGUGUCGGCUAGGAUCUACUUCACAUAUACGUUGUUUUCUUGAUGCUUGGAAGAUAGGUCCGCCUUUCCAGUAUCCGGUGGUAGGUGUCCACGGAGUAUAUAUGAGACAGCAAAAUAGUGCUCUCAGUUUGAACAACAAAGUAAUAUCUAUAAGUGAAUAAUACUUACAAGAAUAGAGCAGAUGGAUACUGCUCUAUUGCCACAGCGCCGGUGGAAUUAUCCCCACCUAAGGAUUUCUUUGGACGGAAUAUACUUCCAAGUAAAAAAUAAAAAAUAAUAAAAAAAAGGUGGAUAAAACUAUGGUAUUAAAUACAAAAAAUACAUAUGAAAAAAAAUAAAAAAAAAAUAUAUAUAUAUAAAAUUAAAAAGAAAGUAUAAAAACAAUAAAAAUAAGUAUACAAUUGGUCCUAGUUUAAAAGGUAACCAAAAAUAACUUUUAUUGAUUAAAAUACACUUAUUAAAACCAUUUACGCGUUUCACCUUUGGGGUUUUCUCAAAAUGGUAAAAGUAAAGUCUUUUACCAUUUUGAGAAAACCCCAAAGGUGAAACGCGUAAAUGGUUUUAAUAAGUGUAUUUUAAUCAAUAAAAGUUAUUUUUGGUUACCUUUUAAACUAGGACCAAUUGUAUACUUAUUUUUAUUGUAUUUUAUACACUUUCUUUUUACCCCUGGCAUUUUAUAUAUAUAUAUUAUAUAUAUUUUUUUUCAUAUAUAUUUUUUGUAUUUAAUACUAUAGUUUUAUCCACCUUUUUUUUAUUAUUUUUUAUUAUUCAAUUUUUUACUUGGAAGUAUAUUCCGUCCAAAGAAAUCCUUAGGUGGGGAUAAUUCCACCGGCGCUGUGGCAAUAGAGCAGUAUCCAUCUGCUCUAUUCUUGUAAGUAUUAUUCACUUAUAGAUAUUACUUUGUUGUUCAAACUGAGAGCACUAUUUUGCUGUCUCAUAUAUACUCCGUGGACACCUACCACCCGAUACUGGAAAGGCGGACCUAUCUUCCAAGCAUCAAGAAAACAACGUAUAUGUGAAGUAGAUCCUAGCCGACACCACAGGAAUCCCAAGCUGGACAGACGGACCAUCUAAGUAUAUCCGUUAGUGGGGAUCAAACCACUAAGUGCCUCUUCUCCCAGAGCUGGCAAUAAGCUCCACCAAAUGUGAGUGAAACAUAUUUCCUUUGAUUAUAUACUACAUCAGGACCAACAAUAUUUCACCAUAGGCAGCUUUCUUUCUUGUUUUUUAUCUUCACAUAUAUGGACUACCUACCACACGGACGGAGCCAUACUUGAGGAUUAAUAUCGUGGUACUACAUAUCAGUGAGACUGUUUUUAUUCUAUAUUUUUAAGAAAAUCCGGAUGAACUUUAUUUGAUUUUAUUAUCGCUGUUUAUUUUACGUACACACGAUCUUAUAUAUUUCAACAUAUCUGUUUUACCUAAGCGCAGCCCUUGACCCCCUCCUUUUUCGCAUAUAUAUAUAUAUAUAUAUAUAUAUAUAUAUAUAUAUAACCUCCAAAAAGAAAGCUAGCACUCAAGGACUUCAACGUGAAAAAUAUGGGUGUGACGGUAGUAAUCUGUAGCAUUCCCUUCUUCCCAUAAAAGAAUAUCACCAAGUAAUCCACAGGAAUAAAGAUCGCUGGUGUUGCCAAAUAAUCCGAAUAGUCCGAAUCUUCGAACGGGACUUAGUCUCCAGCCGCAGUGUCGAAGUGGAGUAGAAGGUACGGGUCAGCGGUGUUCGAGCAAUUGGGUAGCCGAAAACAGUUCCAUAGAUUUGGCUGCACACACCGCUGACCUCGUUCGAAUGAGUUAAAAUGGCCGCCGCCACGUGUUCGGUAUUAGAAUGGCGGCCACUUUGACAACUUCGACGUUUCGGCACUUUGACUGCAUCCGAAGGGCCAGGAACAACAAUAUAAGCCUCAAGUAUGCCCACAUCUUGUAUUUAAAGGGCCAAACCUCCCAGGGACCAUAAUCACAUGGCAAGAGGCUGGCAAGCUGUCCUCUCCAGGCACAAGUGGCGAGGUUAAUUUCGCCACAAUGGGCAUUUAAUCCAAGUAGUCAACGUUUCAGUUCACAGCUGUGAACUUUCCUCAGAACACACACAUUUUUGUGUCCUGAGGGAAGUUCACAGCUGUGAACUGAGACGUUGACUACUUGGAUUAAAUGCCUAUAUUUUUCACAUUGAAGUCCUUGAGUGCUGGCUUUCUUUUUGGAGGUUAUAUUUAUAUGCAGCUGAGCACCAGACCAAAACUUUGAGAGCUGGAGUGCAAAACUCCCAUCGAAUUGUAUAUGUGUAUGUCCAAAUGGGUUAUGGUGGAGAAAAAUUGUGACUGAAAACCAUUUCCACCUGAAGUCUGUGGAUAGUUAAUACAAUGUUAAACAAAAAUCUGCACACCAGUCAAGCCAUAAGACUUGUAUUAACGAUCCACAGACUUCAGGUGGAAAUGGUUUUCAAUCACAAUUUUUCCCCACCAUAACAUAUUUGGAUUUUGAUAUAUAUAUAUAUAUAUAUAUAUAUAUAUAUAUAUAUAACUCUUGUGUUAUAACUAUAUAUGUAAUUGAAUCUCUAGCUGCAAAAGUGCAGUGUGAGGUCAGUAUAGUAAUCGUACGUUGGUAAGCUGAGUUAAAAUACUGCACCAAUGUAUUGUAUUUUUUUAAUUUUUAUAAAUGUUGAUAAAGUUGAGGUAAAGUGUUACAUGUUGUGAGGAUAUUUAUGGGGUGAUAAAUAUUAAAAAUAUUUUAUAAAUGCACUGGCCCUUCCUUCAAGCUGUUCUGCUCAAAUAUGGCUUUUUCCAGAUACUUUCCUAAAGUUAGUAGGAGCGUUAUACUCCAGACCGAUAGCGAAAGUCACCAAUGGGGGUUUUAGCUCUAAACAAUUCCACAUAACCAAUGGGUCACGACAGGGCUUCCCACUAUCGCCUCUCCUAUAUAUUCUUUCGCUAGAACCUCUCACGCAACUCAUUAGAGACAACCCAAAUAUACACGGUAUCACGAGACAAGGCAAGGAACAUAAACUCACACUUUUCGCAGACGACAUCCUCUUAACGCUCGAGCAACCACACAUAUCCCUACCUAACUUCCACGAUACACUCGCCCAAUAUAGCAAAUGUUCCUAUUAUAAACUUAAUGUAAAUAAAACCCAAGCAAUGGGUAUAAACAUUCCGGUGGAGGUCUUGGAUAGGCUGCGUACCUCUUUCAAAUACGAUUGGCGAAACGAUCAUCUAAAGUUUUUAGGAAUCAAUCUCACCCCAAAUUUAGCAAAUCUUUUUAAAACAAAUUAUCAAAAAACACUGACUGAAAUAAAAAAUUUACUACUAGGAUGGAAGAGUAAAUUCAGAUCUUGGUCAGGGAGAAUUGCCGCAAUCAAAAUGAUUAUUGUACCUAAAUUGCAAUACUUGUUUAGAACAUUACCCAUAAAGAUACCUACCACAUUUCUACAAGAGGCUCAACAAAUACUACUAAAUUUCAUAUGGGACAAACAAAAAGCACGAGUAGCGAAAAGCACGCUAUACAUGCCACGCAAGAAAGGGGGAAUGGGAGUACCCAACCUAGACAGCUACUACAGAGCGGCCAUCUUAAGCCCCCUACUAGCAGCUUGCCACCAAGACCACCCAACCCAAUGGAUGGAACUGGAGGCGCAACAUGCUAAUAACAUACCCAUCAAUAUACUGGCAUGGCUUCCCCAACACAGCAGUCCUACUACGACAGAAUUGCUCCCAACCACAGCCCUCACUCUGACCGUAUGGGACAAGUACUGCCGCACAUUGGGCUGGUCAGGCAAAAUAUCGCCCGCCAUGCCCAUUAAAACAUUACACUAUAUGAUACCUAAUUUUAAUUACACUAUAUGGCAUCGACAUGGAGUAACACAUUUACACCAGCUGCUUCAGGAACACACGCUCAGAAGUCUCACAGACUUAACAGCAUGUUACAAUUUGACCCCGAUGGCAUCCUUCCCCUACAUGCAGUUGCAUUCAUGGCUUCGCAAGCAAACUUUGACAGGAACUGAUAAUGUACAGGGGCCACAGCUGACGGUGGUAGAGAAAAUAUGCUCACGUCUCUCAACCCCCAAAAGACUUAUCUCUGAACUAUACCAAACUAUGCAUCCCCCAAAAGACCACAAAAACCUUUCAUUCAUCGCCGCAUGGGAGAGGGAAUUCAAGUACGCUCUAGGUGAGAAACAAUGGAAUACCAUAACCACCAUUAUACAAGACAGCACAAAAAUACUACUUCCCCGCAAACCAGAAACAUACCUCCUCCAACUUUUCCCUAAGAGGAUGCGAGGCAGGCAAAAAUACUUAAUCUAUCACAUACUUAUAGCCGCACUAACUGUCAUUAGUAGACAUUGGAAAUCCACAUUUCCCCCCCUUUUCAUUCCUCCCCCUCGUCCCGUCCCCUAUUCGGAUCCUCCUCCACGGUUUACCCCCUUCCCCAGUGGUAUAUGGAACACUAAGGCUCUGCACCCUGCACCAAACACAAACCCAGGCGAUUGCAAACCCGGAAGAGGCUAACAUGAGCCCCCCUCUUAUGGCAUGGGGUAGACACUAAUCGGUAGAUCCACCCAGUGUAACACAAUGUUUGCAUGUAACUCUGCUGUAUAUGAUAAAUGUGUAAAUUGAUCUCAGGUCAAUGUGUAUGAGAUACUUCAACUUACCACUGCUUCCCCAUCCCUAUUCUCUUCUGUAUCCUUAUAAAACCUCAAUAAAAAUUGUCAAAGAUAAAAAAAAAAAAAUUUUUAUAAAAAUUAUCAAAAAUUAAUUUAAUACUUUUUAUAUCAAAAACUGAUAUAUUAUCACUGUUUCCCCUUGAUUGAUUUAAAGCGAAGAGUAUUAACUGUUUUAACUCUUUUAUAGACCAUGGAGUAAAUUUAUUAGAGAAUUUGUCUGUAGCGGAGCUGCAAUAUUAAAUUCCACGAUCUCCACUGGUACAGAAGGUAAUCCACAGUCAAGCGCUGAAAAGUAAGGCAAUAUCCCAAAUCCCCCAGUAACCGGACGAGACACAGUUCUGGGAGUCAACUGAGGUUUUUAUUCACAGCUCCAGUAUUUAUGCAAGUCCCCAUGCAAGGGGUUUCCCUACUGACAUAGCAGGGGUAAUACCGUAGGGGACUACAUGGGGGACUUAACAUUCUGAGCAUUUCUCCCAUCAGGCACUGCUGCACGAGAGGGAUACUCCCACUGGAACAUACCGUUAAGUGGAUUAUCCCUCCGUGCAGCAGAACCGGCAUGUUACAUUUAAAUCCAUAACUUUAGCAAUAUUCAGGUUAUUUAAAUGAAUGGACGUUCGGUAGAUAGCUGGGGUCUGAGUGCACAUUUCGUGAGAAUACCGCUCAGAUCCCAGCUAAAACAACCGAACGCCGCACGAAAUACACUUUGCCAUUGAGUUCGCCUAAAAGUACCGAACACCGAUGGGGAACCACAAUAGCGAAAGACCGGAGCUCCCGAACGGCCUGGAAGUCCAGCGGUGUUCGCGCCGUCGAGUAGCCGAUUUCGGUUCAACGCGCUCGACGACCAAACACCGCUGGUGAGACAAAGGAUCCAAGAUGGCCGACCGCCGCGUGAACAACGGCCACCUAGGAAAGUCUUUAAUUACCGAUUGCAACAAUGUUGCAAUCGGUUAAUGAGUGCCACACGUCCCUCUCUGUGUGGGCUAUUAGGGGGUAGCUCAUUCGGUUCACGAACAGCCAGUAAAGUCGCUGUUCGUGAAACAAAAUACAUGAAUGCUAGCGGCUUUCGGCUGCUAGCAUACGAAUUCUAUGCACAUAGCAGUAUAGACCAAGGUUACACAUAUAUUACAGCGGUUAUUACAGACAACCUUUUGAUACAGAUAGUCCAGCAUCCUACAAGUGGCUAGGUUUGCCACAUUGUCAUUCACUCAUUAAUCACAACCAUUUUUAUAAAAAAUACAAUUUAUUGUGACAAAUAAUGAAGAAUAAUAAUAAUAAGUAACAUGCGUGGCCAUAAUCAAUAAAUAUUUAGGUAUAAAGAUAUAUAUCUAUCUCAAUAGCAACAUAUGUUAAUUUAAUUUCUAAAGGAGUUACAUGCAAAAUUACAAAUAAUUCCUCUAGAUUUUAAUCAACAGUUAUAGACACAGAGAUGCAAUUUUAGCAAGAUUUAAUACAGAAAUAACUCCGCUUUGAAAUUCCCAGAUUUUACUAGUAACAUGACGUAAAGUCAUGAUUUUAUUAAAGACACGGAGGCGAGUAUUAUGCAUAACUCUUUCUUUAUUUCCUCAGCAGCAAAGAAAGAGAAAUAUAAAUAUUAUCAAAACUGAAGAAAAACUGUAUAGGCACAACAGGUAGCCAAUCACAGGAUAUAGGAAGUAGCUAUAUAAGUCUUGUGUCUCCCACAAUCCCCCUCUUUCUUGCGAACCGAAGACCAGGUAAGAUGAACGAUGUCCCACUUGGUCGAAACAGGGUAACGGGAAACGAUGCGACAAAUUCAAGCUAAAAAAGAUAGAGAAAUAUGGUAAUUUCUUAAUUCAGAACUGCAAACUUACCAAACAUAGUCUUGGGGAGACACAGGUAAAACAGAGUUCUGAAAUAUAAAAACAACAGAAUUAGUACACAACAUAAAGGUACAACAACCCGUACAAAAGAUGCAAAUCAAACUGAUAGAGUACAGACCAAACUGAAAAACAUACCUGUAGAGCCACCAAGCAUCUCGUAUCCCAACUCCACUCCGGGAGGGUGGGAGGGAAUAAUACUCGCCUCCGUGUCUUUAAUAAAAUCAUGACUUUACGUCAUGUUACUAGUAAAAUCUGGGAAUUUUAUUAAAGACACGGAGGCUCAUAUUAUGCAAGUUCAAAGCUGUGCCACCACACGAGAUGCGAUGUGCUCAAUUGGUCUGAAGUAGAAGGCUCGGAAGGUCGAUUCCCGAGACCAAUCCGCUGCUCGCAUAAUGUCCUCUAGGCGACAUCCGACUGAAGAGGCUUUCGAGGCCAUCGCGCCCCUUACAGAAUGAGGCGUAAAUACUGAGGUGUCUAUACCCGCGGAGGAUAGCAGCCAGCGCACCCAACGUGCUAGAGUAGGAGUCGAAACCGGCCGGUGAGGUGAUUUAAAGGAUAUGAACAGAUCGUGCAGGUCUGUCAUGCGAAGGGGACGUGUAACAUCCAGAUAGUCCUUGAUGCAAUCCACCGGGCAGAGCGCUGGACAGUCUGAAAACCUAGGGUAUGUAAGUGACUUAGACGCAGACUUGGUCCUCCUGGAAAUGUCAAAGGUGACGCCUUCUGGGGUGAGUGCAACGGCGUCCCAGUCCAGGGCCCGAACGUCAGAGACUCUUCUGCAAGAAAUCAGGCACAGUAACAUAACCAAUUUGGCAGACAAUUGCUUGAGAGUCAGCUCCAAAUUGGGGUACCAUGACGAUAGGAACUGUAGCAUCACGUUGACGUCCCAAAAGGUGGCAAAACGAGGUCGAGGAGGACGAGCAAGGCGAAUACCCUUGAGAAGUCGACAGACAAAAGGAUGCUUGCCGACCGGAGAACCGUCUAGACCUUCGUGACCGGCUGAGAUAGCUGAGCGGAAAAGGUUGAUCGUGCGGUAUGCCUUGCCCGAAUCAAAUAGGAACGUGAGGAACUCCAGAAUCAAAGGCAGAGGGGCAGAUACGGGAUCCAUUGCCCGUUCCAUGCACCAACCAGACCAUGAUCUCCAUGAAUGUCGGUAAGCUGUCCGUGUACCCGGGGCCCAGGCGUUAUCGAGGAGUCGGAGAGUUGACUGCGAAACGUCUGGGAUAACCCAAGGUCCCCUGAAAGGAACCACGCUAUGAGGGGUAGCUGAUGCUGCAACACCAGGUCGUGAGAGUUCCCAUCCGGAUCCAGAAGGAGGUCUUGGAAUACCGGAAGCAAACGAGGGUAGUCUAUGGACAGUUCCAUCAGCCGAGGGAACCAUGGGCGAGACCUCCAUAGAGGGGUGAUCAAAGCCAUCCGACAAUCGUGGCGGACCAGUUUCGAGAUCGUGCGUGCGAUCAUGUUGAAUGGGGGAAAGGCGUACAUCAGACCCGGUGGCCAUUCCUGGAGGAAGGCAUCUGUCGCUAUUGCAGCCGGGUCCGGCCUCCAACUGUAGAACCUUGGUAGCUGAGUGUUCAGGCGUGACGCGAUUAGGUCCAACUGGAACCGGCCCCACAACCUGUUCAGGCACCGGAACACUGAAGCAUGUAGAUGCCAGUCCCCGGAGUCCCGUAAGUGUCUGGAAUUCCAAUCCGCCCCCGAAUUGUCCAGACCUGGGAUGUGUUCCGCCGUCACCGAAACGUUGUUGUAGAGGCAGAACUGCCAAAAUUCCUUUGCCAGAGUCGCCAACAUUUUGGAUUUCGUGCCCCCUAGGUGAUUUAUGUAACGAACCGCUGAUACGUUGUCCAUCUUGAGGAGAACGCAACAAUUCGCCCUCCCCGGAGCAAGGCUGCGGAUCGCGAAGGCACCUGCCAGAAGUUCCAAGCAGUUGAUGUGUAACGACUUCUCUGUGUCGGACCACCUGCCUCCUGUGGAGACGUUGCCACAACGAGCGCCCCAGCCGUGUAAGCUGGCAUCGGACUCUAUCACCACAUCCGGGGCAGAACCGAAGAUGGCUCUUCCGUUCCAUGCCUCCAUGUGCGCCAGCCACCACGCUAGUUCGUCCCUGGAUUCCUCGUCUAGCGUUAUCCGAGAUUCGUAUGAAUGACCGGAGCGAAGUCGUGAUCCCUUGAGCCGUUGGAGCGCUCGGUAAUGCAGGGGGCCUGGGAAGAUUGCUUGAAUAGAGGCCGCGAGAAGGCCGAUAAUUCUCGCCAGUUGUCUGACCGACAAAUCUGGAACACGGAGGGCUCUCCGAAUUUCCUUCUGGAUGGCUUUCACCUUGGCAUCCGGGAGGAACAGGAACUGUUGGAUGGAAUCCACUUGAAAACCCAGAAACUCUAUGGACUGGGCAGGGACCAGGACUGACUUGCUCCAAUUGAUCAGAAAUCCCAACUUCUGCAGAAGGUCGGUCGUCCAUCCCAGGUGUGUGAGGAGAUCCUCUCGUGACUGGGAUAAAAUCAAGAUAUCGUCCAGGUAGACAAUGAGGCGAACCCCCCGGGUUCGGAGGAAUGUCACCACGGGCUUCAUGAGCUUGGUGAAGCACCAAGGGGCCGAGGAGAGACCGAAAGGCAGGCAGGUGAAGCGCCAGCGACGCCCAUGCCAGGUGAAGUGGAGAUAAUCCCGGAACUCCAAAGCGAUGGGGACCGUAAAGUAGGCGUCCUUCAGGUCCAGCUUGGCCAACCAGUCCGAUUGACGUAGGAGGUCUCUGAGGCAGUGUAUACCUUCCAUCUGGAAGUGUUGGUAGCGUAGAAAAGCGUUGAGUGGGCGAAGAUUUAUGACAGGGCGAACUCCGCCUCCUUUCUUGGGCACUAGGAAUAAAUUGCUCGUAAAGCCUGGGGCGGCGAACGGCAACUCCUCUAUAGCGCCCUUGGACAGCAUCUCCACCACUUCCGUGGAAAUCAUCUCGUCCUGCUCCGGAGGGAGGGACAGUUCUCUGGGGGGAUAAAACUGGACAGGCAUGGAAACAAACUCCAGACGAAAACCCCUUACACAUUGUAAAACCCAAGCAUCUGAGGUGAUCCUUGCCCAUUCUUGACAAAAUAAGGCCAGUCUCCCCGCCACCCGAACUUGAGCGUGAGGGAAAGAAAGGGUACUCACCGUAAGGACGUCUGCCGGGGGUACCACCGCGGGGGUAUCUGGAUCCCCAGGCCCGACCUCUUGCCGGGAAGAAGGGAGGGGCCCUCUGUUCCUGAAAUCCUCUCGAGGGAAAGAAGGAACCUCUGGUUGCGCGGAACGCGCCUCGGAAACCACGGCCGGGUGGAUGGUUCCUGCUACGCCCGGCCCCUCCGAAAACCUUAGGCGCGAACACGCGCUUCAUGUUCGCCUGUGCCUUGUCAAUAGCCGUAAAGGUCUUGACAUAAGCACCCAUAUCCUUGACGAAGGACGUGCCAAACAGGAAGACCCUCCUCAGUUGGAUCAGGCUCCGCCACAGUCAUAGCGGCCAAUUUAGGGUCGAUCUUCAGGAGGAUCGCCUUGCGUCUUUCUGUAGACAUGGCCGUAUUGGCGUUCCCCAGUAAGCAAAUAGCUCUUUGGACCCAACCAAUGGCCACAUCCACGUCCAGGACGGAGUCCCCGGUCCUGGCAGCAUCCAAAAGCUCGUAAAGCUUGGAAAGGGGGCCUAGGGUAUCCAGGAUCUUGUCCUGGCAGCUUUUAAGGGAGUGGUCAAGGCCCUUCUUGGGCUUCCAUCCUGACUUAUUCAGGAAUUGAGCAAUUUGCGGGUCAAUGUCCGGGGUUUUGCAAGCCGCGCCCGGGAGGGACGGGCGUGGGCACUCGGCGCGCAAUUUAUUGCGGCCUUCCCUAGAAAGUGGCGUGCGGAUACGCUUAGCCACAUAUUGGGCGAUGUGAUCUGGGGGAACCCACUCGGCGGACCGAGGAUGACGUAGGUCGUCUGGGUCAAACAGGGGGUUGCCCUGUGGGUCAAGGAUCGAGGUGUCACCCCCCGGGGGAGCAAGUGAGGGACCCCGGGUAUUGGCGGAGGACCCGGAGGGGUUCACGCCCGUAAGGGGCAAAUCCUCGCCAGAAUCAUCAUGAUCAAAGGAGUCGUACUCCAUAGCGUCGGACUCAUCCUCCACACUCCGGUCGGUAUCCGACCCAAUAUCAUGGGCUCUAGCCCUUUUCCAUAGUCUAGCCUUUUUAGCCCGGCCAGGGGCUCUUUUGCGCGUGGGGUGCGCGCCAGCUGAGACCGCCUCAGGCGUGUCAGUCAUGGCAGGUAGAACCUGCAUCGAGGAGUGGGAGCCGACAUGUUUGGAUUAAGCCUUUGCCUUACGGGCUCCAGGCACGGUUUGAGCAGGGGAGAGGGCAGGGGUGGCCAUGGCAGGUAAAAUCAGAGAGUGCAGGGACUGGGAAAAAUUUGAGGAGACAGCUCCCAUGGCUGAGGCAAUAGCCUUCUGGAUGGAGGAAGCCAUAGUGGCCUCUAACAUGGCUUGAAACUCUUGGGAGGCCAUGGCACCAUCAGUAUUAUCUAAUUGGAAGUCCCCUGGGGGACCAACAGGCCCAUCACCCCUAUCCUGCAUGGUAGUGACAGUGGGGGACAGAAUAGACAGACCAAUGAGAAUUUAAAUAGUAAAAUAAUUAAUGCAAUGGAAAUUUAUAUAGGGGCCAAUGAAACUGACUACAACAAAUCAGGCUGAAUAACACCAGGGUGUUAGCUGGGAGAGAGAGGGAAGGGUUGAUUAACCCACAAGGAAACAGAAAAACAGAAAACAAACGUUUUGGCUGGUGUCCCCAGGGAGCAGGGCUACGAGGUGGCCGGUCACACGGCAGCACUGGGAGGAAUACAAAGACCGCCCCCAAAAUGGCCGCCGCACGAGGGAAGGCACACGAGGAAACACUCGGCGGGGGAAGGGGCUCGUGCACCCGCCCGCCGAGCCGACACGCUAUCUGGAGUAAGGGGGGAGGAGAGAAGCGUGUACACCGCCGCGGUCGCGAGGAGAUCGCGGCCGCGGCACAGCAGGUCGGGUCCCGUGUAGAAGCACGGGUAGGAGAGGGAGAGAGAGGAGGGGGGGGGUGGGGACCGCCCGGACGGGGCAGUGACACACCCGCGGGCCCAGAGGGGAGACACCAGCCGAGGAAAACACAAAAAUUAAAACAACAUCACAAACAAAUUCAAAUAAUAAUAAAACAAAACAAAACAGCAUGUAAAUUAUAAAAAGAAACACACUGUAAGACAAGUCAAAAUGAAAUCACAAUGCAAGCCAGAGAUCAGAAAAACACUUAUCUGUCUGAGGAAGCAGCAAAGAAAGAGGGGGAUUGUGGGAGACACAAGACUUAUAUAGCUACUUCCUAUACCCUGUGAUUGGCUACCUGUUGUGCCUAUACAGUUUUUUUCUUCAGUUUUGAUAAUAUUUAUAUUUCUCUUUCUUUGCUGCUGAGGAAAUAAAGAAAGAGUUAUGCAUAAUAUGAGCCUCCGUGUCUUUAAUAAAAUUCCUUUACACAGAACACAUCACCGCAUUACACAGCAGUGCAGCUUCUGUCGUAAAAAAAACCCCAAACUAUUGCUAUCAGUUUGAAUCACACUGAGUUAACUCACUCACUGCUGGCUACAAUUCUCACAGGAAACACUUUUAACAUUGUAAUUAACAUGUACAAAGCCAGCAAUACCCCAACAGCAGAGACCGGCACAAGAAGAAUAACUGUAUAAUAUGCAUGUGGCACUGUAAGAUCAUAGCACCAGUUUUUUAAUUUAUUUAUUUAUUUUUGAUAGUCAGGCUGGGUUCAUACAUCUAAAAUGAAUAGGUUCAACUAAAUGAAAAUAAAAAUAUUUGCAAGACUUUUCUAGACAUAUAGGUUGGUAGCAGAAAAAUAAUAUAUAAAACAGGUUAAAUUGGCAUGUCUGAGAAUUGGGUAUGCUCUUUUUACAUUAUAGAUUAUAGGCAGGUAGGUAUAUUCAGACAUUGAGAUCGCUCACUAAUCGUAAAUGCUCUCGACACAAGCUAGGAUAUCAUGAGAAUCAUUGGUGUGUAACAUGAUGUACUAAUUUUAUUAAAACUGGCAUGAUGUGCACACUUAAUGAAACCUAGAAUGUGACGGCAGAUAAGAACCAUUCUGCCCAUCUAUUCUGCCCAAUUUUUAAAAAUACUUUCAUUAGUUAGGAUAGCCUUAUGCCUAUCCCACGCAUGCUUAAACUCCUUUACUGUGUUAACCUCUACCACUUCAGCUGGAAGGCUAUUCCAUGCAUCCACUACCCUCUCAGUAAAGUAAUACUUUCUGAUAUUAUUUUUAAACCUUUGUCCCUCUAAUUUAAGACUGUCCUCUUGUUGUGGUAGUUUUUCUUCUUUUAAAUAUAGUCUCCUCCUUUACUGUGUUGAUUCACUUUAUGUAUUUAAAUGUUUCUAUCAUAUCCCCCCUGUCUCGUCUUUCCUCCAAGCUAUACAUGUUAAUUUCCUUUUUAACCUUUCCUCUGAAGUUUUAUCCUGCAAUCCAUGAACCAGCUUAGUAGCCCUUCUCUGAACUCUCUCUAAAGUAUCAGUAUCAUUCUGAAGAUACGGUCUCCAGUACUCCGUACAAUACUCCAAGUGAGGUCUCACCAGUGUUCUGUACAAUGGCAUGAGCACUUCCCUCUUUCUACUGCUAAUACUUUUCCCUAUACAACCAAGCAUUCUGCUAGCAUUUCCUGCUGCUCUAUUACAUUGUCUGUCUACCUUUAAGUCAUCUUAAAUAAUAACCCCUAAAUCCCUUUCCUCAGAUGUUGCGGUUAGGACUCUAUCAAAUAUGCUGUACUCUGCCCUUUGGUUUCUACAUCCAAGAUGCAUUAUCUUGCACUUAUCCACAUUAAAUGUCAGUUGCCACAACUCUGACCAUUUUUCUAGUUUACCUAAAUUAUUUGCCAUUUGGUUUAUCAACCCUGUUACAUAUCUUAGUAUCAUCAGCAAAAAGACAUACCUUACCAUAAAGACCUUCUGCAAUAUCGCUAAUAAAAAUAUUAAAGAGAAUGGGUCCAAGUACAGAUCCCACUGGUGACAAGUCCAUGCUUCGAAUAUAUUCCAUUGACUACAACACUCUGUUGCCUGUCACUCAAACACUGGCUUACCCAUUCAUCAAUAUUGGAAUCCAAACUUAAAGAUUGCAGUUUAUUGAUAAACCUUCAAUGCGGGUGCACCCAGUGAGAACGGGGAUAUCCACCCCCUGUCCAGGCGGGGGUAGGGGGAACAGGGUUGUACAGGCUUUUGUGCCAGGUUUAAACCCGGGGCUGUGGGGGUUGGCCGCCUCCCACGUCCUCCAGACAGUUGACUUCAGUAGGCUGCAGAUUGAGGUACUGUAUGAUUCAGGAUCGGUGUGUAGCAGUGGAUAGUAAGGAUGAUACCCAAGUGGCCCAGUGUUGUGUUCAACUGGAUUAAACUAGGUAUUUCCACAAUUUUAGUUCAAGUUGGCAGGAGUAACAGAAUACACAUCUAGUAAUCUUAAUUGUAAGGCCCCCCACCCCCCAAAAGAAUAAUUCUAAUCAGAUUUUUAAACUCUCCUGAUAAAAGAUUAACUAUCCCUAAAUUCAGAUAAGCCAAUAUCUCUGGAUAAUAGUUUGAUAUGCUAAACUUGGCAAAUUACCAAUGCUCCUGACGACGGCAUGCUGACACGCGAAACACGCUUCGAGCUAUUUGUUUGUUGUUUUAUUUCUUUCACUACACUUUGGUAGCACUAUGCACUAGGUUUUGUAGUUAGUUGUUUUUGUUAGAUUUUUUUAGUAGAGGAAGGGACAGAGGUUCUGGUAGGCAUUAGUAGCUCAUCCACGGUGCCGAGGUACUACAGGGAUAGACUUUACCUUAGUGUUCGGCUGUGGGGGGGGUUCAUUUCUUCAGCGUCUCCCUACCCCUCCCUUUGCUUUUUACCUCUGUAUAUACUAGUCCACUGUCUAGGCAGGUGGACAUUAUUUUUCAGCCUUUUUGACUGAUCCCCACACAGCUUUUUUUUUUUUGCUGUGUGUGUGUGUAUGUGUGUUUUUAUAUAUAUAUAUAUAUAUAUAUAUAUAUAUAUAUAUAUAUAUAUAUAUAUGCCCCUGUGUAUGGUAGUUAUCAUACACUUUUUUUGCCCUCCCUUCCUCUAUUGGUUGUUACUAUUUUUCGUUUCCCUUUAGGUUUAAUAAUGGUAGGGCUUCCCUUUUCAUAUGUGUUACUCUCCACCUGAGGAAGCCGUCGUCAUGGCGAAACGCGUGAUCGCGCCUAUCCUACGUCAUCACGCACACCAACGGAAGAAACCUCGCCCCCGGAAGCAUUGAGGUGUACUGGCGUCCUGAGCUCAGCUUGCGGCAGGACUCUGGGAUAUAUGAAUGACUCUGCCCCCGUGAGGAAUAAAGGAGAAGGGUCUUUCCAGUUUGGGCUGCUAUUGAAAACAGAGAUUUUUAAACAAGAUUUUUUUAUUUAUUUUUUUGAGUGCAAUAAAGGUGUGUUUUUAUCUGGAUCGACUUUGAAGCUUUGCUUGCAUCUCCAUUGGGAUUAUUACCUAAGGCCAUUACAGUCAGAGCAGACUCAUCUCCUCUGCGUUUGUGAGUGUACAAUUUUACUCUUUUACAGUAUACUCCUGUUUAAAUUUUAUUACACUAUAUUCUCUUCCUUGUUUGUUCCCCCUUCUCCCCCUUCUUUUUCUUUUUAUAAAGAUAUUAAAGUAUCGCUGUUUCUGCUAUCAAGAGACCGUUUUUGUGGUGCAAGUAUUGUUUUUUAAGUAAUUUGCACGUUUGGCAUACUACACUUAUGCACAGUUUUCACUUAAAUAUUAUCAUUAAGGUGUGCAAAAUAGUGUUUUAUAAGGGCUAUAUUGACUGUUUGGGGUUUUUUUGGGGUUUUUUUUUGUUUGGUUUUUUUUUUUUACAAUCUUUAAAUACACUUGCACUUUUUUAUAUUGUAUAUUUAAAGACAGCGCACGUCUGAUAUAUUUUAACCGUUACUCUCCACCUGGACUACUAGUCAGUUUUCCUCUAUUACCAGUGAAGAUAUUGUUCCUUUAUUCCACUUGCAGGAAUAGAAUGUGGAAUAAUAUAUUUUCUCCGCUAAUUAAUAUUUUCAAAGGUUUGAAAUCUGAUCAGCUUUUUAGUCAAAAUGUAUUAAAUUAAAUUAACCCAUCAUAUUUACCAGCUUUCUUGGUAGAAAUUCUUUAGGCUUGGAGAUAUAUUCCAUGAAUGGUGGAUGCAAGUAUGAGUAUGUGUUUAAAUGGAGAUUGAGUAGUUUAGAAAGUUCUGAUUAGUAAAGGAUUUUAUUGAAGUCCCAUAUUCAGUUGGAAAAGACAGAGUGUCAGAGUUCCAGAAAUUAGUUGUAAAAGAUAGUGAGAUGUGUCCAGACACCCUUCAGUCCAUCUGCUUUUAUGUUAAUGAUCACUUUUGAUCUAGUCUCCGGCUAUCCUCAAUUUCUAAGGAAAAUCUUAUCUUAAUUUUAUUUACGUCACUAAUUCAAAGUAACCAAUGGAAUCAGGUGGGUGUAACUUCUUCUAUUGAUUGUUAUAUAGACUUUGAUCAGUAGGUGGCGUUUUAACACAACAAGAAAUUCUCUUUACGAAUUCCAACUACCACUUUGUAUAAGGGGUUAAUUGAAUUUUGUGAUGCGUUUGAUGUCACAAAUCCCAUCUUUUAUGGGUACCCUUCAUCAUGUAUCUGUCAGUCUUCAAAGAAUUCUCUUAGACUAACAGUCUCCUUUUUGGGCUGUAAAGUAUGAUUUUAACGCAUCUGGACGCUGUUUCGCCUUUCUCUUAUUAUAGAUCCUUGUAGCAUCAAUUAAAUAAAAAAAGUAAAAUUAAUUACUUUAGCAUUAUCUCUUUUUCUUAGUCUUGUGUCUGGUUUUCUUAGUGACACUAAAAGAAGAAACCUUUUCUCUGGUCAAUGUUUACGUUAGCCGCAAUCCUCUAGACCAGGGGUGGGCAAUCUUCGGCCCUCCAGAUGCUAUGGACUACAUCUCCCUUGAUGCUUUGCUAGCAUUAUGGCCCUAUGAGCAUUAUGGGAGAUGUAGUCCAAAAUAUCUGGAGGGCCGAUGAUUGCCCACCCCUGCUUUAGAGUGAGAAUGAAUAGAGUUAGUGAGAAACAAAAACUGCUAAGUGGUGACUUACAAUAUACAUUUUUAAUUUCAAUCUUAACACAAAAUACCUGACACUGCACUUAUACAGCCUGACUGAUAUGACUGAGGACCAAUUAACACACAAAUGAAAUAACCUCCAUGUUUAGGAAAGUAGGGUGUAAUCUUUGGAACAAUUUAAUAUUUGGAUUUCCAGAGACAAAAGGGCAGGAAUAGAGCAAGUAAAGGCAAUAUACAGUGGUCACAGAGCCUUUGCAGAAUAUGCAGUGGCUAAAAAAUGGAACACAGAAUUAAAGGGACACUCCAGGCACCCAGACCACUUCUGCCCAUUGGAGUGAUCUAGGUGCCAACUCCCACUACCUUUAACCCUCAAUGCUUUCCUAUGGGGAGGUCUAAUGCGCGUGCGCUGCAUUGCCAAGCAUGUGCAAUAGGUCGCUGCCGCCGGCCGCACAUUCGCAAUAGGUCUCCCCCCACCGGAUGACGUCGGUGGGGGAGGAGUUUAGGCACAGCCUGACCCAGCACCAAGGAACAUCGGCACUGGAUACAAGUAAGUCACUGAAGGGGUUUUAACCCCUUCAGCAACUUGGGAUGAAAGGUCCUUUUAAAGGGCACAAUAGUCACCAGAACAACUACAACUUAAUGUAAUUGCUCUGGUGAGUAUAAUCAUUGCCUUUAGCCAUUUCUAUGCAAAUAUGUAUGAGUUCAUUAAAACUCCUACAUAAUUCUACAGAGAAGAUAUGUGUAUACACCUUCCAGGGUUAUCCACUAAACAAAAGACAUUCCCUUCCACCCAUCAGUCCAGACAGUGCACCAAGAGAUUGAAACCCCAAAUUGAAGUUUUGCUUGGACUGGGAGUAGGAUUCCCUGAUUUCAAACUCUCUCCAGUCAUUUAGAUGCCUAACAAAUAAAGUGUUGAUCCUUUUUAAUAUCCUGCUAGAAUAUAGAAUUCAAGAAAUCUAAACAAAUGUUGGCACUCAGACCUGUAAUCGAGUGCAGAUGUCGAGGUUGCCCACCUAUAGACAACCUCAAAAUAUAAAUACAAAAUCUUCGGUAGCACUCCUAUAGAAUUCAAGAGGCUCAUUCUGAUCUUCAUCUUCUAUAAGUCCUUUCACAUAACACUACUCUUACGUUGCCAGUCCGCGAUAAGCCUCAUCCUGGCAUUAUGUGGCUGCAUGUCACAUCUUGACCCCGCAGAGUUCUGACGGCUCUUUAACACCGCACCGUGGUACAACUUUGGGAGCCAUACAGGCAACUGACAGUUCAGUGAGAAAUGUAAGUGGUAUAUGGAAAAAACAAACCAAAGCUUGACAGUUUUGCAAUACAAUCACUGGUAUGCAUUAAAACAUAAAAACACAAUAUAUAAUCAAGGAUAAAACUUUUUGAAUCAAGGAAAAGUUUCAGAAUUUUCAUGCAGCCAAAACAUUACUGAAUCUCACUCAAGCACUCUGUCUGGAUCUCUGUGUCCCACGUAUUACUCCAGUAGUGGUCUUCCUUACAUGAUAACCCUCCUUCUGCCAAACAUUCUCCUUACACCCCCAAUUGGACGGUUGUGUUAAAGGGGCAUAUUCAUUCUAUCCAGCAACCUUUUCAUUCAGUUCAAUUUCUUUAAACCGCAUCAUGCCGCUGUUGGGGAAAAUAUUAUGUAUAUAUCUGUUUAAUAUGUGCUUGAUUAAGUCUGUGUGUAUGGGAGGUCAGGAAUUAUCUUCAAAGGGAGUUUCUGUUUAGAUAGCUGGAAAGAUACAGCACCUUAAAGGCACCAAUCACAUUUACAUAUCAACUGGUCUUCAAAGGAGUCCCUAUCUAGAAAAAGUCCAGGGACGAGCUACAAAAUUGAUAAAAGGAAUGGAGCAUUUUAGUUAUGAAGAAAGGUUAAAAAAAUUACAUCUGUUUAGUUUGGAAAAACGGCGCCUGAGAGGGGAUAUGAUAACUUUAUAUAAAUAUAUUCGGGGCCAGUACAAACCUUUAUCUGGAAAUCUAUUCAUAAACAGGGCUAUACAUAGGACACGAGGUCACACAUUUAGGCUGGAAGAAAGGCGAAUUCAUCUAAGGCAAAGAAAAGGUUUUUUUUACAGUAAGAGCAAUAAGGAUAUGGAAUUCUCUGCCUGAAGAGGUGGUUUUGUCAGAGUCCAUACAGAUGUUUAAACUGCAAUUGGAUAAAUACUUACAAAAACAUAACAUACAGGGAUAUCAUUUCUAAUUAGUGGGGUAAUAGCUUCUUGAUCCAAGGAGACAUCUGACUGAUAUUUUGGGGUCAAGAAGGAAUUUUUUCCUAGUUUGUUGCAAAAUUGGAAGCGGUUCAGACUGGGUUUUUUGCCUUUUUUUGGAUUAACAGCAACAACAUAUGUGAGGAAGGCUGAACUUGAUGGACACAAGCCUCUUUUCAGCUAUGUAACUAUGUAACAUCUGUAAAGACAGGAAUAUAUUCUCUUUUAGUGUGCAUACACCUCUUUUCAACUUCAGUCUGGACUGGUAUUAAUUGUUUACUUUAUCCUUUUUUUUUUUUUUCAAAAACAUGUUUUAUUGGUCAGAUUCCUCACAAAUUGGGCCCUGUCUUGUCAGAUAAGUGGUGUGACUGGUCCUAGAGGGGUAAGAAUGGCAGCCCCUACAGAACGAGAGUAAGGCAAGAGAUGCACUGAAAAAGUUGUUUACUUAUAUGUACUCGUUGGUAAACAAUACACGUGUCCCUGUUUCGUGUAAUCUCUUCUUUUCAGUAAUCAUAGAUAUGACUGCUUUCCUUCACCUCUGACAGAGACACACCAGCUUCAGAGUUUAACUGCAUUUUUCUUAUUUUUGUCUUUUGUGACAGCAGUGCUCAAUAUUUUACCAUCAUGUCCUGGAUCGUUAAUCCUUUAGUGUAUUUACAGAAUGCAUAAUAAAAUAGAUAAAAGGAAGGUUUGUCAUUCUAUUUGUUUUCUUUCCAGCAGAUCUCAACUUAAGUGAAACCGAUGAUUUACCCAUCCAUGUUCUGUCAGCAAAUUGUGUGACCGAAGGUGAAGGUACAGUUAAUCAGGGAGAAAAUUCUAUGACUUUUAAUGACCGAAGCACGAAACCCAGCACGUCUGUUAGACCUGAAAUAUUGUUAUAUGAAGAGAGAAAUCUAUCAGCUGGAGACAUUUACUCACUGAAAGAAUGUUCACAAACAAAAUCUCCAUCAGCCUUUAAUGUGAAGGAAUCCGUCUCAAGAAACGACAGAAAUCUCACAGACACUGACAUUAUUACACCCACAGAACAGACACAGUAUCCAUCUACUCGUAUUAAGGAUGAACUAACCUCGUGUAGAGAGGAUAAUCUCACAGACACUGACAGUUAUACUAACACAGAACAGAGAGAGUAUCCAUCCACUUAUAUUAAGGAAGAAUUUGCAUCAUGUGACAAGGGAAAUCUCACAGACACUAACAUUUAUACACCCACAGAACAGACACAGACAGACUGUUCUGAUAUUCAUGUUAAGGAGGAUCCAGCAUCAUAUGAAGAAGGGAAUCUCCAUAACCUGGACAUUCAAACCCCUGUGUGUGAUCCUGUGAGACAAUUUAAGGGCAUAACCUAUAACUCUGAUGGUCCUGACCUUUCACUCACAAAUUUAAAUCAAAUAAAAGUGGCUUGUUCUGAAUGUGGGGAACAAUUCACUUGUAAAACAAAUUUCAUUGGACAUCGAUGUUUACAAUCAAAAUCACAUGUUAUCCGGUGUCUCAAAACUUGCCACGGAGUUAAAUCACGUUCCCGAAUUGAACAUGAGAAACAUAGUCAGACAAAGUCUCUUCCCAAACGUCAUCUCAUUCAUAAUGGAGAAAAGCUAAAACUGAAAAACUAUUGUCCUGAAUGUGGGAAAUACUUUAAAAAAAGUUCAUCUCUUAAGUUUCAUUGGAGGAUUCACACAGGAGAGAAACCAUUUUCAUGUUCUGAAUGUGGGAAAUGUUUCAGUCAGAAAACAGCUCUUAUUGGUCAUGAAUGGACUCAUAGGGAACAGAAACCUUUCUCCUGCUCUGAGUGUGGAAAAUGUUUCUGUCAGAGAGGUAACUUUAAUAGACAUCUCAAGAUUCACACAGGAGUCAAACCAUAUUCAUGUUCUGAAUGUGGAAAAUGUUUUAAUCUGAAAAGCUCCCUUGGUAGACAUUUGGUGAUUCACACAGGAGAGAAACCAUUUUUAUGUACUGAAUGUGGGAAAGAUUUUGCUCAAAAAAGCCAACUUAAGUCUCAUCAAAGAGUUCACAACAGAAGUAAACCUGAAAUGAAGAAUAUAUAA